GAACAUGUUCGAUCAAGUUUGCACUAAAAGUGCCAAGCUUGCAGCCAAUGGCCCAAGCGCAGAGUGCUGCCGCCGAGCCUUCGGGAGUUCUCACAACUCCCGUGGGGCGGUUGAGAAGCACCUCGUUGAUGGGGCCUGAUGGCAAAGCGAAGGCGGGGACACCGUGGCGGCCACCUUCUCCUCGGCCUGGUCGGGGUCUUGGGCGCGAUGCGUCUGAUGGCUGAGAGGAUGGAUGUCGGCUUUGCAGGGUGGAGGAUGGAUCCGGUUGGUCUUGGUCCUGGAGCGCUCCCGAGGCUGAGAAGGACGGGCGGUUCGCUGGUGCCACAUGCUGCGACGGCAAAGACUGUUUCAGUGAGACUCUUGCAAGCAGUAGGCCCGGAAGACCGCGACGCGGCCUUCAUGGAGCGUUUGCGCUGCCUGGCGCGGGAGGCGCUCAGCUGGGCUUGGCUCACUCCGCAGCAACGGCUGGUGUGGGCUGCGGCCAUCGAGCUGGAUGCGGUACCUUUGCAGGAGCUUCCACCGUGGUUUUGGGAGCGGCAGAACGUCACUCUUAGGCAUCCAAGCAGGGAUGCUGAAGUCGAAGGCAAGCAUUCUGCCCAGGUUAUCAUUGACCAGCAUUUUCCCAAAAAGCAUAGAGCAAAGACCCCGCGACCAAAGUUCAACCCGUAUUCAACUGCCCUGUUCAAAUCCGACAGGCACUGCCUCGGCACUUCGUCGAAUUCUCGUAGUCUGAAAAAUAGCUCAAACUCAAACCUUCUUCUAUGCAUGAGUCGUUUUCUGCCAGGGUUGGUAGUAUUCCUAGCCUAUGCACCUUACAGACCUGGCAGCUGCUUCGUUCGCUUCAUUUUUGGCCGCCUCACGGACUGCUCGCAGCCGCAGGCGUCGACCUGGUGAGCCUGGACGGCCGCCGGGGCGUGCGGUGCAUCGACGGCACCGCAACGGUUGAGGACGCGGCGCGCUUCGUCCAGGUGGCGCAAGAGG